GGUAACACGAUGACAAGCUCCUCUGUUCGCCGAGGCGGUUUCCCAGCAGCAUACACAAACUCGAAUAUAAUAACAAGUCUGAAAAAACGACCACAGUCACACAAGCAUGACGAUCAACCUUAGUCGGUGAGGAAGAUGGGGGAGCAUUUUGAUGUUGUACUGUUGUAUGGAUCAGAUAUAACAUGAAACUUAGCAGUACGACUGCAGCUGCAGAAUGUGAAAGUACUUUAACGAAAAUGAAAGGCCCAUAUGAUCAUGUGUUCAUCAUUCCCCAAUUUGUUCAUGACCAGAGUGAGUUUGUAUGUGGAUGGGGAGCUGCCCUUGUCAAUAUUACAACAACUUUUCCCAUCAAUAAAGUCAUGUUUCGCCAACAACUGUAUGGUGUACGGGUCUGGCGAGCCAUGGGACAACUAAAAAAGGAAGGACUUCGUAACCUGUACCGGGGAUUUCUUCCCCCACUUCUACAGAAAACAACCUCUAUGUCUCUCAUGUUUGGCUCAUACUACAAAAUACAGAGGAAUCUGAAGCAAGAGUUCCCCAAUCUUUGGACGCCUAUUAAUCGAUCAUCUGCAGCCAUCAUGGCAGGAGUUUUUGAAUCUGUUUUGACACCUUUUGAACGUGUUCAGGUUUUGAUGCAGGAUAGAAACUAUCAUAGUAGAUUCAAUAACACAAUUCAUGCUUUCAAGGAAGUACGGGUUUUAGGGUUGAAAGAAUUCUAUCGUGGCCAGUCUGCCAUUCUCUACCGGAAUUGUUCCAGUAACAUUGCCUUUUUCCUGGUACGAGAUUAUUUCAUGGAAGCUCAUCCUCAGGCAAGCUCUGAGUAUGGACAGAUUGCACUUAACUUUUUUAGCGGUGCAUUUCUUGGUGCAGCCAUCAGCACUGCAUGCUAUCCUUUAAAUGUUGUCAAGGUACGUGUACAGUCAAAUCUUGGUGGUCGAUUCUUUGGAUUCUGGGAAAUGUUUGCCAUUGUGCUUAAAGAACGUGACUAUAGUGUUCGUAAGCUCUUUCGUGGUGUACAUGUUAACUACACUCGAUCUUUUAUCACUUGGGGAAUCAACAAUGCAGUCUAUGAACUUUUAAUGAAACAUAUAUUUAACAAAUCUGUUCGAAACGAUGAAUCCUAGCAAUAAGAUUAUAGAAGUUGGUAUACUUGCUGACAAAAGCUGAAAGCAUUUUAAAACACUCUAAUAAACAUACCAAUGUAUUUUUGCAGAAUUAUUAUGAUUUGACUUCUGCUGAUCCGUACAAGUAAAAUUCAUAGAAGCUAUCCAUCCAGAAUUCAGUUACUAAGGAAAUGUGUCGUCAGGGCUUUUUAUCAGGAUGUUAGGGGCUGAUAAUGGGCCUGUUCCCAAUUGAAAUCAUAUUAAAUUUACGUAAGCCUAAUUCCUAAAAUUUGCAAUUUACUCUUGCAAAUUUUGCCUUCCCAAUGUACCAAUUUUCUUCCCAGAAUGAGACAAAAAGGUCCCAUCCCAAAUUAGUGGAAAAAGCUGCGUGCAUGUUUGUUAGUUAUAUGUAUACUUGUAAAUACUAUGUAAACAGCGUGUCAUAUUGAUGAAAUGUAAACAACAUUAAAGUACAUGAGAUAUGAAUAUACUUUAAAUGAAAGUGUGAGAUGGAUAUUAAUUAUAUUAAGUUCUUGAAAUGUUAACCAGGGUAUCAAAUAUCAAUAUAUAAAUCAAAUGAUGCUAUGUAAGCAGGUGUUUGAUAUGUAAAUGCAAUACUUACCACACAUUUUGAUACAAAAUAUGGUAUAAUUAUUUUGUUUCAACUAUAUAUUCACUAAUAUAUACAAGUUAACAUAUAUACCUAUAGGUCACAGUAGAUUAUGAUAUACAUAUUUACCAGGUAACUGUUGUGCGGACUGGUGCUAGGAUAUAUAGAUGGUGAUUUACAUCAGACAGUUCACAACACUGAUGUCAUAAAGAUAGUUGAGAAAUCACUUCAUUAUAUUUAAUCAUAGAGUGAGAAAAAUAUUCACAUCAGACAGUUCACAACACUGAUUUCAUAAAGAUAGCUGAGAAAUCACAAUUAUUUCAUUGUUUUUAUUACAGAGUGGGAAAAAUAUUCACAACUUUGUAGAUUUUUGCUAUCAGCUUGUUCACAAGACAAAUUCCAACCCACAGUCCAUAUAUGAUACAAAUGUUUAUGGUAAACCUUUGGUCAGUUUGAACGAAAUUAAUUAAAUAUUGUUGAACUUAUACAAAAUUAUACUUGUGAAAAUAUAUAAACUAUCAGGGUCAACAUAUACUACAUAUACAUAUGUAUAUACAAUUGCAUAUAGACUGUGGGGUGGAAUUGUAUCAAGUCUUUGUGAGCUUGUCACAAAAAAAUUGUGCCUCUUUAAAUUUAUAUACAUCGUACAGUGUGAAAGAAAUAUAUAUACAUUAAUUAUCAUGGCUCUGAUUUAUAAACAGACAUUGCUAUGUGCAUCACAAUUUAAAAUCAGCUGUUUUAUUUUUGAAGAUGAUCCUUAUUUUUUAUCAAUUGACAUUACAUAUGAGGUAGAUAUUUUUGAAGCAUUAAAACAUUUAAGCUUAAUUUUAAACGGGUCCUGUGUUUUUCCCUGUGUAAAUCUAUGUUUUGAUUUCAUGUGUCCUACGAGCCCAUGGUUUAAUUUCAGAUAUUCAAUAAAUUUCAAUGUGAGAUAUAA